AUGGAAGCACUGAAGGAAUCACUUGUGGAAAUGUCUGAGCAGUUUCAAGCUCAAAUGGAAGUGUUUCGGCGGGAACUACACAAAGGAAAUCCAAAUGGAUCAAGUACGUCUUCCUUAGCUGCCGAAUUUAAUAGUUUUAAGAAAUGUAUCCUAGCAGCUUUAACAACCCUGCAUAGUCAGGUAGAUCUGCUGCGGAGGGAGCUAGACCGGAAUGAGAUGAGACGUCGUAAAAAGAUGAUCCUCCUGCAUGGUAUCCCAGAAGAGAAAGCGGAAGACACGUCUAUCAUAGUUAGUACACUCAUUACUAACAAGUUGCAAAUCCCUGGCAUAACUAAUGCAGUUUUCAGCCGCUGUCAUCGUCUGGGGCGUCCCUCCAAUAAAGUGUUCAGACCUGUGGUGGUCAAGUUUCACGAGUCAUCAUUGCGCGAUAAGGUUUGGUUCCCUAAAACUAAACACAAAGGCUCCGGAAUCACACAGUCAGAGUUCCUCACUAGAAGUCGCCAUAAUGUAUUUAUGGAAGCUAGGCGCAGAUACGGCGUCACCAAAUGCUGGACCCGGGAUGGCGUUAUCCAUCUUUUCACACCAGACUGUACACGACAUCACGUAGAAAGUCUGUCUGAUAAUAAAGGUGCUCCACGUGCAAAGAGAACGGGUAAAAAA